AUGAACAAGAAUUGGCCAAUGGGAGCGCGCCAAGAAUCGUUAAACCAACCAAUCAGGUUUAAACACGACUGCCAACGUAGAACUCUUAAAUGCGAACGCUUGGCCAGCAGCACAUCAAUUCGUGUAUUGUCUUUUUUUCAACAAUCACAGAUCAUGAAGAAACAAAACUUACCACUCCUGAUUGUAUUAGUUAUGGCACUGACCACAGUGGUCAGUUGUGCCAAGAAAGAGGAAGACAGUAAGAAAAAAGAAACUGUGGGUACAGUUAUUGGAAUUGAUCUUGGGACAACCUACUCUUGUGUUGGUGUAUUUAAGAAUGGUAGAGUUGAAAUAAUUGCCAAUGACCAGGGUAAUCGUAUCACCCCAUCUUAUGUGGCUUUCACAAGUGAUAAUGAACGUCUGAUAGGAGAUGCUGCAAAGAACCAGUUGACUAGCAAUCCUGAAAACACUAUAUUUGAUGUUAAACGUCUCAUUGGUCGCACCUGGGAUGACAAAUCUGUACAACAUGACAUUAAAUUCUACCCUUUCAAGGUGAUCAAUAGAAACAACAAGCCUUAUGUACAAGCUUCAGUCAGUGGACAAAUGAAGACUUUUGCUCCUGAAGAAAUCUCUGCUAUGGUUUUGGGUAAAAUGAAAGAAAUUGCUGAAGCUUACUUGGGCAAGGAUAUUAAAAAUGCUGUUGUCACUGUACCUGCCUACUUCAAUGAUGCUCAAAGACAAGCAACAAAGGAUGCUGGAACUAUUGCUGGACUGAAUGUCAUGAGGAUCAUCAAUGAGCCAACUGCUGCUGCUAUCGCUUAUGGUCUUGACAAGCGUGAAGGAGAAAAGAACAUUCUGGUCUUUGAUCUUGGUGGUGGUACUUUUGACGUAUCUCUCCUGACUAUUGACAAUGGAGUGUUUGAAGUAAUGGCUACAAAUGGAGACACCCAUCUUGGUGGUGAAGAUUUUGAUCAGAGAGUUAUGGAACAUUUCAUCAAACUGUACAAGAAAAAGAAGGGCAAGGAUAUCAGAAAGGACAACCGUGCUGUUCAAAAACUGAGACGAGAAGUUGAAAAAGCAAAGAGAUUGUUGUCUACCCAGCAUCAGGCCAGACUUGAAGUUGAAGCUUUGUAUGAUGGGGAAGAUUUCUCUGAAUCUAUUACCAGAGCUAAAUUUGAAGAAUUGAAUAUGGACUUGUUCCGUUCUACAAUGAAACCUGUUCAGAAAGUGUUAGAAGACUCUGAUCUCAAGAAAGAGGAUAUUGAUGAAAUUGUACUAGUUGGUGGUUCAACUAGGAUUCCUAAGAUCCAACAGUUGGUAAAGGAUUACUUCAAUGGCAAGGAACCAAACCGUGGUAUCAAUCCUGAUGAGGCUGUAGCUUAUGGUGCUGCUGUGCAGGCUGGUGUACUUAGUGGUGAAGAGGACACUGGAGAAUUGGUACUGCUUGAUGUCAACCCCUUAACCAUGGGAAUUGAGACAAUUGGUGGUGUCAUGACCAAGCUGAUUUUACGUAACACUGUCAUCCCAACAAAGAAAUCUCAGAUCUUUUCCACAGCCUCAGAUAACCAACCUACAGUUACUAUCCAAGUCUUUGAAGGAGAACGACCUAUGACUAAAGACAAUCACUUGUUGGGCAAAUUUGACUUAACAGGUAUUCCUCCAGCACCACGUGGUGUUCCUCAGAUUGAAGUUACUUUCGAAAUUGAUGUGAAUGGUAUUCUCAAAGUAACUGCUGAAGAUAAAGGCACUGGAAAUAAAAACAACAUUGUCAUCCAGAAUGACCAAAAUAGACUUUCUCCUGAAGAAAUUGAAAAGAUGGUUUCAGAUGCUGAGAAAUAUGCUGAUGAAGACAAGAAAAUAAAAGAGAAAGUGGAAGCCAGAAAUGACCUUGAAGGAUUUGCUUAUUCUCUGAAGACUCAGUUAGGUGAUAAAGAGAAAUUGGCUGGCAAAAUCAGUACUGAAGACAAAGAAACAAUUGAGAAAGCAGUAGAAGAAAAGAUCAAGUGGCUAGAAGAAAACCAAAAUGCAGAAGGUGAAGAAUAUAAAGCUAAAAAGAAAGAACUUGAAGAAAUUGUACAGCCUAUUAUGAGUAAAUUGUACCAAGGACAAGGGGGAGAACAGCAACAACCACCCCAAGGUGAACAAGAAGAAAAAGAUGAAUUAUAA